AUGGCUACCGAUACGCAUCAAAAGUCGUAUGCCGUCGGCGACAUCCUCAGUCUGCACACCAACUCCCUUGACAACGCUCCUCGCACCCUCCAGGCUAAGAUCAUACAGCUAUACGAACCUUUCACGCUAUCCUGCGUAGCUACGGUCGAGAUCAAUGCCAGCGACUUGGGCAUCACAGACUCGCCCAUCGAACCUGCGAAAGCGAUAUUAAAGCUUUACGACCGCCGCUUUGCAAGUCAGCUCCGUAAAGAGUCGAAAAUUGAACCCUGGACCGCGGCCACAGAAGAGGCAUACAUCGACAUAAUCAAGAAUGGAGAAGCAGCCGAGUUCGUUCGAAAAUUGAACGAUGAUAGCAUCGACUUCGAAGAACCCGAAGAAGGUUGGUCCACAGCAGAAAACGAAGCCUACCUCCAUGACAAGUGCUCCGACCUGUUUUCCGACGAGACCAAAGCCUACGACGUCAUGAAAACACUUCAAGGCAAGCAGAUACCAAGACUAUACUCUGCAGUCUCUCUGCCUCUGGAACAGAGCAAUUUGGGCGAGCCCCUCGAGCAGGACAGCGACCUCCUAAGUAUUCCCGGGAUUUCGCUCGAAUACAUCCCUGGCCCAACGCUCUCAACUAUGACGGACGUCAUUCCUCGGCAAAGCUGGCAGCGCAUCGUGGAGCAAGCUGUACAAAACGUGCGCGCUUAUUCAAGCCUGGGGUUCCUGAACAGCGAUGUACGGCCUUCGAACUUUGUGGUCAAUGAACAAGUUCCUGACGGCCACGAGCGGAGGGUUGUUAUGCUUGACUUCGCGGUGUGUGAAUUCAGGGAGGACGAUCAAUCUGACGAAGAAUGGGGCCGAUUGAAGUGGCGUGAGGACGAAGAAAAUGCAGUCGGAUGCGUGAUGGAAGGGAUAUUAGAAAGAUUGGGGUUUGAUCUGGGUUAUGUGCGGUCGUCUCAAUGGAAGAAGUAUGCGAUACCGGCAGAAGACGUUUGGUCAUAG